UAGUGCAGGGGGCGAAAAGGGCCAAUACACAGCCAGCACGUGAAUGGAAGGAUUAUAAUCCACCGUUGGAGGUAUUUUGACGCUCCCCAUGCGGAGAUUUGAACCAUGCAGGGACUGCUGCUGCUUCUGAGUUUGGCGUUGAGUUUUCACAGAGUGCGGACGGCGCGGUUCUCUCAGGAGCCUGCAGACCAGUCAGUGGUUUUGGGCCAGAGGGUGGUCCUGUCCUGCGUGGUCUUCAACUAUUCGGGCAUUGUGCAGUGGACCAAGGAUGGACUGGCCUUAGGCAUUGGAGAAGACCUCCGGGCCUGGCCGCGUUAUCGUGUGUUGCGGCUGGUGGAUGUUGGGCAGUAUAACCUGGAGAUCUCAGCUGCUGAACUCUCAGAUGACUCUCUCUACGAGUGCCAGGCCACGGAGGCAGCGCUGCGCUCACGACGGGCCAAACUCACCGUCCUCAUUCCUCCCGAUGAGCCGGUGAUUGAGGGGGCCCCGGAGAUCCUCCUCAUAGCAGGGGUCCCAUAUAACAUGAGCUGCGUGUCCCGCGGCGCCAAACCCGCCUCUGUCAUAGAGUGGCAGAAAGACGGCCUGCCGAUAGAAGGGGCCAUCAGCACCACGGAGGUGCUUCCAGACAGGAAACGCGUGACCACACGCAGUUACCUGCCCAUUUCAGCAGUAGAUACAGACACAGGGAAGAACUUUACCUGUGUUGCUACUAACCUUGCUGUGCCACUGGGCAAACGGGCCACCAUCACCCUCAAUGUGCACCACCCACCGGUGGUGACGUUAUCCAUUGAGCCUCGCUCUGUAUUGGAAGGAGAGAGAGUGACCUUCACAUGCCAAGCUACUGCCAACCCACCUAUUAUGGGUUAUAAGUGGGCAAAGGGAGGUGUGGUCAUACAGGGGGCAAGAGAGAGUGUUUUUGUCACCAAGGCUGAUCACUCUUUCUUCACUGAGCCUGUGUCCUGCCAAGUUUUCAAUGCUGUGGGCAGCACAAACGUCAGUAUACUCGUCGAUGUCCACUUUGGUCCUAUCCUGGUUGUAGAGCCUAAACCAGUAACGGUGGAUGAAGACGCAGACGUCACUUUAAAUUGCAAGUGGGCGGGAAAUCCUCCCCUCACACUAACCUGGACAAAAAAGGGUUCAAGCAUGGUUUUGAGUAAUAAUAACCAGCUCUAUCUGAAGUCAGUUAGUCAGGCAGAUGCUGGUCAGUAUGUGUGCAAGGCCAUCGUGCCUAGGAUUGGAGUGGGCGAGACAGAGGUCACACUCACCGUCAACGGUCCACCCAUCAUCUCAAGCGAACCGGUCCAGUAUGCAGUUCGAGGGGAGAGAGGGGAAGUCAAGUGUUACAUCGCCAGCACACCUCCCCCUGACAAGAUCGUUUGGGCAUGGAAAGAGAAUGUGUGGGAAAAAGAGAAGGGGACCCUAUCAGAACGAUACACGGUAGAACAGAGCAAACUGACUGCACAGGGAGGCGCAGUGCUGUCCACCCUCACCAUCAACAACGUCAUGGAGUCAGACUUCCAGUCCACAUACAACUGCACCGCAUGGAAUGCAUUCGGACCUGGGACCAUGAUCAUCACACUGAAAGAGACCGAAAUAGUGCCGGUUGGGAUCAUUGCAGGAGGCACCGUCGGUUGUUCGAUUCUACUUUUCCUGUGUUUACUAGCGUUAGUGCUGUUUUUGUAUCGGCAACGCAAAGGAAGUCGUCGAGGGGUCACGCUCGGCAAGCCAGAUAUCAAGGUAGAGACCAUAAACAAAGAAACCCACAGCCUGGAGGAAGACUCGGGGAGCGUCUCCACGGCAACACGCAUGGUUAAGGCCAUGUACUCUUUUUUACCUUCUGUGACCCUCUCUCCCUCCUCCCAGCCUUUUAAAGAUGACAUUGACCUCAAACAGGAGUUGCGCAGUGACACGCUGGACACGCGGCAGGACUACGAGCUCAAGGACCCAACAAAUGGCUACUACAACGUGCGAGCUUCCACUCAUGAUGAGGGACGUCCCGCCUCCCGAUCCAUGCACUACUCAGACUAUCGCACCUCCGGCCAGCCAGGGGGCGCUGCGGCCAUUGUGAGCAGUAGCUCCGGAGCUCCCGGAGCUACGGCAGGCCCGGGGACACCGAGCAGCUUGGCUCCGGGGUCCCGAGCGGGCUGCUACGAUCCUCGCCCUCCCUCUAGACUCUCGCACAACAGCUACGCCCAAUUCAACACAUUCACCCGCGCCGGGCAGUCCCAGCAGCCUCCGCCCAGUUCUGGCCCACAGACUAGCGACUUCACCGCUGAUUGCAGCCUCUUGGACUCCACUGCUCAGCUCGGAUACGAAAAUUAUGGCUACCCGCACUAUCCGACAUUUCGGAUGGGUUUUGGUCCGCCUAGCCUCGCCCCGUUAGAAAGCGGGCCGGCGUAUGAGAUGUACGGAGUCGGGCCGAGCGUCGGCGCAGGAGGCGGAACCGGAACCCCAGAGAAUGGACUUGGGAAAUACGGCAGUUCCACACGGUUCUCCUACACCUCCCAGCAUUCCGAUUAUUCCCACCGACACACACAGAGGAUGCAAACACAUGUGUAAAAGAGAAGCGUCACAUGUACGUAACAUUAGUUACGCUGAUGUUAUGCCGAUAUCGGCCAUAUAAGUACACACACUCACACAGAUACACAGGAUGGAAAUAAUGAAUGAAACUGAGAUAAAGGCGGAGGGUGAACAAACAAAGAGAAGUUUAGAGUAAACGGAGGCAGAGAAAAGAGAACGGGAUGCAGAGCAGGAGCAUCUUAGCGAUUAUUUCUCAGCUCCAGGAGCUGAAAGCGAAAGUCACAAUCAAGAAAGACUGGUGUCUAGAAAAGAUCUAAGAUCUUUAUACCAUUCACUAAAUCCUGAAUGCUUUUAAUAAGCAUGAUCACAAAGGUAGUUCCUGAGAAAUGAAGGGUGCCUCUUAUAGGCUUGUAGUCUGUUUAACAGUGGUCUCUGACAGAGAUGGUCAUGUGAGAUACAGUACAUGUAUGAAUUCUCUUCAAUGGCUUCUUCAACUUCUCUCCUUAAGCUUAGCAUAGUUUAAAGGGCUUUUAAUGACAAAUUGCACAAUAUACAGUGGAGUCCAAAAGUAAAAAUAAAUAUAUUUUUUUUAGUAUUAUUUUAUUUAAAUUUUGACCGAAACUGAAAAUUUCACGAAAAAAAAAAAAAAAAAAAAAAAAAAAAAAUGUAAACCAGGAAAUGAAGCAAAAAAUAUUUAAGGUUCUACACAAUUUUUAGGUCACUAAUCAAAAGUAAAUUUUGAUCAUGUGAACUUCUUUUUACAAAAGAUUUCCUUGCUUCCAUUAAAGCCCAAGAUGCUGUUUGAAACUUCCUCAAAUCGUGCUGGAUUACAUGGAUCAUCUGUAGAAAAAUCUGGAGAUGUUUUGGAAAAGCUGUGGAAUUCUGAAUGAUGGAUUUAAAUUUUAAAGUUUACCGUAUUUAAAUCCAUUAAAGCAGUGGUUCUCAACCAGGGUGCCUCAGCAAACUUCCGAAGGGGGCCUCAAGUUGACUUCAAAUGAUUUAAAAUAAGACAAAACUAACAUCAAAAUAUGAUAAAACUACCAAAAAUUGGGGAAACUUCUUUUUUUUCUUUGAAGAACCAGGGUUCUUGCUGCCUUAAAACAUGGAUGUUGAACAUAAGGUAGCCUAAUAUUAAAAGUGAUUUCUAGACCUGGAAAAGUAACAAAUAAAUAAAAUCAUAUGGGCAAACUCCUUGCCCAUUUUUAUAAUGAAUAUAAUUUUUUUUAGUUAUGUUUUUUUUUUUUUUUUUUUAUCUUAAUCUUUAUCCAGUCAUUCACAAACAACUGGAAAAAUUAGCCAGUUUAUUAGAAAAUGAUGGAAUAUAAGAAUGUUAGAAAAGAAGACUUUUAGAUCCCACUGUACAUGGUUACCAGUGUCACAAAAUAUCCAAAAUCUUUAUUUUUUCAUUCAUUCUCAAAUGAAGGCCUACAUUCGACAAAGGAAAUGAAGAGCACAUUUAAGAUUACUCGUACAAUACCCUUGAUCACCAAAGCAAAGUGUUUUGAGACUAGAUAAUUCUUUAUUACUUUGUGUGUAAAUCGGCAUCUACCUGGGUAUCCAGCUCGCUGAGCUACCUCGUUAAACAGGUUACUAGCCAGAGCAGCUGUACUUGCGCAGAAAGGUCCAACUCGAUUUAAAAAAGCACUUUUUAGCAUUUGCAAUAAAACUUAUUACCCUUUCAUUUUCACCAUUAUGACAGAGACCAGUUGAGGAAGCCAUUUAACCGUUUUCAGACACGGUCAGAGACAGCCAUUUAGUUCACUAUCCUACAAAUAGUUCAGAACCAUGGAAUAUAUAUAAGUCUAUAUACAUAUUCAUAUACAGGAAUGCCCCACUCUUUUCCAUGGUGCUUUUGUAGUGGGGUCAUUGUUUGCACUGCAUUCCAGUAUUCUAGCUUAGAUUACCCUCAUAAUCGAUAUGUAAUCUCUCAUUUGCACACUAGGCUAGAGCGUUCUCUCUAUGUUUUGAAUAUUACCGAAAAUCGUCUUUUUUUGUCAUAUUUCUGUAAGUGAUUCUGGACCAAAGGUUCAACGUUAGAGUAUCAGUCUUUAUUUGGGUGAUAUUCACCUCAACGAACAAGAAAAUAUGCAGAUUUGUUUGUUAUCGUUGUUAGCAAAUGUUUUCGGUCGUGAGUGACAUAUAAUUUUUCUCUUUUUUUUUGUUUUUUUGUUUUGAGGGUUGGGAACAGCAGAGAAGGUCUUAAACUGAUCCAGCCUUAGGUAUCCAAACUCACCCUUACUGAUCUAAGAUCAGGCUGCUAUCACAUUCGUCUUAAAGAUUAUGAAGAUCAAAUUGGAACUAAUUUAAGGUCAAAGAUCUGGAGUGGUUUUUAACGUCUCGCGCUAGUCGGACUUUCGUGUGAAGUUUGAGAUCGGAGAGUCUUUCACUCACUUAUUCACACAGACACACACCUGAUAUUUGUGCCAAACACAAACCACUGACUUGAAAUAUUGUCCGCCGAUUAAGAAAAGCUACCUUACAGGGGCCAGAGAUGGACUUUGGCUAUGAACUGUCUUCAACGGGUUUUGAAGGAUGCCAUUAUCAAAGCAAUGAUGACAAAGAAGAAACACGAGGAUGAAGACAAUCCAUCUGAACAGUGAGGUACUCGCUCUCUGCGACUAGUUUUCGUCUUCGUCCACAUUUCGAACGAGCCUUGUAAAUACGUUCCCAUGUGUAAUUCCACCUUCAAGUAUUAUUUUACGUCAUCCAAUGUGAUGCACUCUUUAAAUGCAGUAUUGUUAUGUUUUCAAUUGCGUGAAGAAGGUUGACAAACACUAUAGCGAUGGUACUUUCGGAUUUGGUACAGUACAGAGAGGACGAUGAGUAGUUUGGAUGAAGCCAGUGCGAUACCAAGAGGAUCCGGAAACAUCUUGAUGACCUGCUUGGGCUGCCAAUCACUCAUCCUUUGUAUUGAUGGACUGGGGAAAAUCGUGUGGGACAUGUGACCCACUGGACAGUAUUUGCAUUCCCCGUCCCAUCUAAGAACUUGAAGCUCCAUGGAGACCAGAAGAAGGAAUAUAUGAAGGAGUGAACAAAAUAUAGAGUGGCCUUAGGAAAACAUGACUUUUAUAUUCCCUCACUUUAUAAACUGGCUCAAGGCCAGAUGACAGUAUGUGUGUUUUUGUGUGUGCGAUUGAGUGCGAGUGUGAGUAUAUGAAAACCUUUAUGUAAUCCGUUCAUUUACUUCUCUCACGUUCCUGCUUCAAAACUUUUCUUCUGCUGGUAGGAGUGUAUCCUGUAUAAUUGUGUCUUAGAAAAUAAACGUUGACCUUACUGUACUGUUCUUGGUAGCUGAAAAAUGUUUGACAGAUGUACAACAAAAGUUAUUGAUUUUUUUUGUUUUUUUAUUUCCCUUUGAUUUUUUCCAGUAUUUUUUACAAAUGUUACGUAAUUAUUUUUUCACAGUAUAUCAGAAAUAAAAGCACUGUUUUUCUAAGAA